AACAACCAAACACUAAAUGUGAUAUGCUUUCUUUCUGUAGCAGUAAUACCCAGGACUUCCACAAUAUAAAGCAACCAAGCAACCAUAUCCUGGAAGAUUUACUACAAAUUGAAUUACCAAGGAUGAUUUACACAAAGCUACAGAUUCUAAAGCCAUCGAGAAGUGACGUCCUUAUGAUGACUCCAUGGUUUGCUCCAAUAGUUUGGGAAGGGACCUAUAACUCCGAGAUCCUGAAUGAGGAAUUCCGACAAAGGAAUGUCACUGUUGGACUGUCAGUGUUUGCUAUCAAAAAGUAUGUAGUCUUCCUCAAGACAUUUUUAGAAACUGCAGAGACAUACUUUAUGGUUGGACAUAGGGUGAACUAUUACAUUUUCACAGACCAGAAGAAGUUCCAAGUUGCGCUCAAAGAAGGAAGGAACGUAGUGGUUCUGCAAGUCCAAAACUACCCUAGGUGGCAAGAAAUCUCUAUGCGACGAAUGGAAAUGAUCAGCUACUUCUCUCAGCAGCGGUUCAUUAAUGAGGUCAGCUACCUUGUGUGUGUUGAUGUAGACAUGAGGUUUAAUGACCAAGUUGGAGUGGAGAUCCUGAGCGACCUGUUUGGCACACUACACCCAGUUUUCUACGCCGCAGAGCGUCGGUCUUUCACCUAUGAACGUCGACCUGCUUCUCAAGCUUAUGUGCCCAGCGAUGAGGGUGACUUCUACUAUAUGGGAUCCAUUUUUGGAGGAACAGUAAUGGAGGUUUACAAGCUGACCAAGAAAUGCCAUGAAGCCAUCAUGGUGGACAAAGCCAAUGGAAUUGAGGCAAUCUGGCAAGAAGAGAGUCACUUAAACAAGUAUUUUGUUUACCACAAACCAACCAAAAUACUUUCUCCAGAAUACCUGUGGGAUGACAAUCUAGGUAGGCCAGAGAUCCUUAAGAAAAGAAGGUUUCUUGCUGUACGAAAGAAUCAUGCUGCAAUCAGAAAUAAAUGAAGUUCAUCUCAGACUGGUCUUAGUGUGAACUAACAUAACUGAUAUUGUAGGUUUCCUCGGUUGAUGAAAAUAUACAAAACAAUUGGUAAAGCUCCAUAACUUUUUAUGACAUCCCCAGUAUUUCUGGAUAUGGGAAUGG